UAUGACACCAAAAGCAAAAGGGCAACAUGUCGGCAAUAUAGUCUGUUGCAGUUCGCGAUUACUUCUUGAAUAUUUUCGCGUGAAAGCUGCAUUACAAACCCCUGGUAAAACCCUUGGAAAGCCAACAGUAUGGUGGAAACUUCAAAGUUCUCCGGAGGAAUACUCAAGAAAACUACUAAAGCUGUGGAUGAUUAUGGUGGCACACAGAUGCAGAAACCUGGUUCGUCUGCAGACUUGGCUGAAAACUCCCAAGCAUUAAAUGAAGAGCAGAAGAAAUUCCAGUCCCUGUGUGAUGGAGUCCAGAACACAGUGGCUUUAUUCCAGACAUCGAUGACUGAGCUGCUGGCCUUAAAAGAUGAAUUGAUCAAGCACUCUUUGCCCCCUAGUUUGCUGGUCAAGAUAACUUUGGUGACAUCUCAGCUUUUCAGAGGUGCAUCAGACCUCUCAGUACCUAUCAAUGAACUGGUUCGUCUUGUGAAACUCUACUCUGCCCCUUGGGAAGCAAAAAGUGCUGCCCUCAAGAAACUCCAUGAAGACUACGAAAAUAAACAACGUCAGUUAAAUGUGGCCUUACAGAAACUCGUGCUCGUUGGCAUUCAGUCUGAGAGGAUGUCCCAAGAAAGAAGGGUGCUUAACUGGGAGAGGCUUUUCUCUAGAAUGAUGGCGUCAAAGGCACAUGGAUAUAGGUGGAAGUUUUUAAUUGAAUCCUUCAAGAAGAAGAUGAAAACAGGGGAGGUAUAUGAGGCUGGUACUAGCACAGACACAGACAUGGAGAAGGAAAAUCUUCAAAAGGCCAAAAAGCUUGAUGCUCACAGAAGGAAAACAAUGUACAGAGAUACAGCAGCAAAACGAAUCAUGAGACAAUCUGUCAGCAUGCAGAGUGCUAGGGAAAGUCUUGCCACGCCUAUUACUGGUGUAAGGUCUAAGGACACAAUAAAAAAAGAGGAAACUUCUGAGGAAGAAAAUCUUAGUGACUUUGAUGAGCACAUUAUGGAUCUCCCGGAUGACAAAGAUGAGAGCACACCUCUAAUUCAGAACCCUCAGCCUCCUGGAGAAUCGCCCAAGCCAACCCAUUCUAGGCCUGCUCCCACAACAAGAUUCCGGCCAAAAAUACGGUUCAUGGGUGCCUCUGAUGAGGAGGAUGAAGAGGAAGAAGCUGUAAAAGCGCCAGUAAAACAUCAGAUGCAGUUUUCUGCACAGAAGUCAGCCGCAAAACCAAAAAUACAGUUUGCCGAUCAAAGAAAGCCUGUAAUCAAAACUCCAGUCAAGAGUCGCGGAGUUCGUUUUUUCAGUGUCUCAGAUGAUGACCACGACAUUGAUGAUCAAGAGGAUGUUUCAGGGAGAACUCAGCCAGCCAAUAAAGAGGUCGAGAAGAUGGAGGUGAUCCGUGAAGACAAGCAGUGCUGGACGCAUGAACCAGACUAUGACAGAUCUUUGCAUCUUCGGGUAUUUCGUCCUGUUUGCACUAAGGCUGAAUCACCCUGCUGCAGUAUUGUAUUCAAUGGACAGACUCUAAAGACUGCAAGUUUUCCUCCUCCCCCUGACCCGGCCCAAGAGGAUGCUAAUACAGGGGGGGACAAGGGAAAGCCAGGAAGUGGAAGAAAGACCAAGAAAUUAGCAGUGCCCGCAGAGAAGGCUGCCUCUCCAGCCACAAGCGAGCAAUCAGCACCCCCAGACUUUCAAGAAGUGGUUUUCUCAUUGCCUUCCGAGUGUGGGUACUCCCCUGGGGAAAAGCCAAUGGACCUGAAUGAGCUGCAACUGAAGGUGGCAAUCCAUCCAACUGAAAACAAGCCCAUGAUUGCCAUGGCUGCCAUCAAGUACAGCGACAUCAAAAUAGCUGAUGAGUUUGAAGGAAAGUGGUCUCACACCAAGUACUCACAGCUCAUCCAGCAGUUCCCGGUGAUAUCUGCUGUGUCUGAUAGAGACAUGUCGUUUGGCACCACAUGUGGACAUAUUCCCAUCGUCUGCUUCAUGUCAAAAGUUGCACGACCAAAAACGUUAACUAAGGCAGCAGGGACGCCCACCUUUACAGAGCUCAUCGAGGCUGAAGUAGAUGAACGAAUCAGGGCACACGAGGCCGAACAGGAGGCUGCAAAGGCUAGGAUCCCUCAACCAAUUUACACCGAGGAGGAAAUGCAGUCGAUCAAAGAGAACCAUGCACAGGAGAUGCAAGUGAACCAGGAAGAAUACGAAAUACGCCUGAACGAAAUCAUUAAGGGACUGGAUGCUUAUAGUGUGGAGGACCAAGGCGUCAAGGAAUUCAUACAUGCCGCAACAUCACCUCUCUUGAUGCACUCGCCUUCGCCUGUACCAUCACAGCACUUCGAACGCUCCCACUCGCCAAAACCACCAGCCGAACCAAACAGGUCAUUAUCAAAGAAAGUGCGACCUAAGGCAUCUGCCUUGCCAGCCUGGGGCAAAGACCUUCCAGAGGAUUUUCUAGUCCGUCUAAACAUGUUCAAUGAGAACAGUGAGAGAUAUCGACAAGAACUGGAGGACAAGACCAAACGAGCGAUUCAACAGAGGUACGAGUUACAGAUGGCUGUUCAUAACAGGCUUGAUAGAACCGUAGAGGAGCACAGUCCGGGCGAAGAAGUAUGUCUCCCCGCCGUCUUUAUGCCUGGUCGCAGCGGAGUGGUUUACUCGCCCAAGGCCCACUUGUACUUUCAUCCCACAGGCUCGUGUGAGGGUCGCCUUACGCAGCCACCAUCCAUGUUCAAACUUCCGCACCUGAGUCAAGCUAACCAAGUUGCUAUGCUGAAUUUACUGGACGCACGCGAACAGUACUUGACUUCCGGUCAACGCGAGUACGCACAAACUUUGCAUCCUGUGCCACAGACAGCCCCUCCCCCUCCUACUGCACUGGACAAUAGAAUAACGCCACCCUACCCCGGACGGUCAGUCACCAGAUAGGAUCUGCGCUACCUAUAGCAAGCGAGGAUGAAUAUCCAAGAAGAUGAAAGGGCAACUUUCACUAGGAUAUCACCUGACUUUUGAGUGGCAAACUCGCGGCAAAAUAAACCCAGACGUGGCUGUUACGUCACGCCAGAGAGCGACGAACAAAUAAUAUCUUUCAAUAGAAAUAAGUCGCUUUGUUGUUAUUUACCGCCAAAAGCCAGAGAGUGCGCGAGUUUACCACCCAAAAAGUGACGUAUUUCAUUCGCUGUACUAGUGCUAUCAAAGCUAUUUCCGUAUGUGAAAAUGCUUGACUUGUAAAUAUCGAAAUACCAAUCAAUUUUUUCUUUACAUUUAUACCGUAAUAUUGACCGUCCAAAAUUAAGCCAAACAAAGCCAGUUUUGUAAAUAAAAAUAUUUUUAUUAUCCAUAAAAAUAACCCUUUCUAAAAAAGUGACCUUUGUCUCUAUUCAUCUCGUCACUGAUAGCAUUUCCUUGUAGGCUCAAUUGUUUUCAGUUGUAAAUCUGCAUUCUUGAAGUUCAUUUGACAACAUCACAGUACGCCCCCAAAACAAUGUUGGUUGUAUUGAUCAGAGUGACUUCAGACUCGGAACAAAUGCAAUGGCUAUCCCCUGUAAUAGUGCGACAGUAGACAAGACCACACGAAUAGUGCAAAGCUACAGGAGAGGCCAGCGAUCGGAGUAUACCAUCCUGCGAUAGACAGUACACAUAAAUAAAACAGCCACUAAGAUUUUAUUUCUAGUGUCAUAGGACUAUAAGGUAGAACAAUAGUAACCUCUUUAUUACUAAGAAUUAUUAAAAUCGAAGGUAUGUGAGUGGAUUUAGAGUAGUUUUCACAAUCCCGUGCAACAAAAUGUAAUAGUCAAAGUGUAAUAGUCAAGCCAAAACAAAAGAGAACAAAUACAUUACAGUGUAUUUGUACUAAAUAAACUAAAUAGUAUUUCACUCUAUACUAAAAAAAAAAUAUAGACUACUUGUUCUCGUUUUCUAUUGGUCAACUCGGCACGUUGAGCUACUCGUUGAGUAUCUAUUGACUCAUAGAAAACUCGAACUCAUAUUCUAAUUAAAUAUAAAAUCACUUGAAUCACUGAAAUAAUAUUUUCGACGUUUCGGCAAUGCUGCCUUCAUUAGUGAUAAUUCAGUGAUUCAAGUAAUUUUUUAUCGCAUAAGACAAUAACUACACAGGACCAAAAUCCAUACUAUAAUAUAUUACUACAAAUUAGCCUAUAGGUGACGUAUUAUUUCUUACCCAUGCUUUCGUCAAGGCUCAAGUAUUCCUCCUCACAUUCCACAUAGUCCUCGUCCAUUCCAUGCGUUCUUGUAUGUACAUUGCCUAGAGAAAAUAUGAUUGGUCGCGAGGAGCAAGGGAGACUGAAAGUUCGGUUUGAGCGGUGCGGUAAUACCGGCGCCUGCAUGCUCCCCACCAUUAACGAAUGACUUCGCUUAGAACGCAGCCGAACGCUUGGGAUUCCUGUGUAAGAGGGAUCCUGUGUUGGUACUGUGGAACUGUCGCCAUCGACGGGCUGUGGAGAGAGAGAAAGUAGCCAAUUAGAGAAAGAGGGAGACAACCAGCCAGUUAGAGAGAGAGAGAGAGGAAACCAGCCAAUUAGAGAAACAGAGAGAAAACCAGCCAA